UAUGGAAAUCUUAUCUUAUCUGUCCCGAACCCAACAGCUGCUAGCAUUAAACGGUCUCAAAAACUCUACUCGUUUGAUCUUUUGUGUUGUCCACAGAACACAUUUUGCUUCCAAGGAAUGGCAAGUAAUGUACCACUGAAAAACCUGCUUUCUCUGGUACAAAAUCGUUCCAUGAAAACAUCCACUGUACCGCCCAAUACUUCAUCCCCAUCGUCAUUUACUGUACAAUACCUCCUUAGCUCAUCUGGGCUUCACUUAGAAUCUGUUCAUUCAGUUUCCCAGAGGCUCCAAAUCGAUGAAAGUGAUCUUCAAAACCCCCAUUAUGUCAUCGGGUUCUUGAAAGCUCACGAUUUUAAGGAUGCCCACAUAGCCAAAUUGAUCCACAAGUGGCCUGCUGUCCUCCAUUGCAAAGUAGAACACAAUUUGAAGCCUAAAUUUGAGUUCUUCAUAGAAAAUGGUUUUGUCGGUGAGAUUCUGCCCGAGCUUAUUGUAUCAAAUCCGGAUGUUUUGAGAAGGGCUUUAGAUUCUCGAAUUAUUCCAUGCUUUGAGCUUUUGAAGUCGGUUCUUGGUUGCAGUGAGAAAGCUGCAUCGGCUUUUAAGCGUUGUUCGGUAUCAAUGAUGUCUGCCAUGGAACCGAACAUUGAGUUAUUGAUAAAAGAGGGAGUGCCUGUCGAUAGGAUUGCAAAACUGAUUAUGUUGCAACCAAGAACUAUACAGCAAAAGCAUCAGAGGAUGGUUUAUGCUGUGAAAGCUCUUAAAGAUUUGGAAAUCGAUUCAAAGACUACCGUUUUCAUACAUGCUCUUAGAGUGAUGUUACAAAUGAGCGAGUCCACUUGGAACAAGAAAGUUGAAGUGUUGAAGAGUUUGGGGUGGACCGAGGAGGAGAUUUUACAGGCUUUUAAGCGAUGCCCCUUUUGUUUUACAUGUUCGGAGGAGAAAAUCAGGAGUGUCGUGGAUUUCCUGGUGAACACAUUGAAGAUGGAACUGCGAACUGUAAUUGGACGUCCCGAGUUUCUUAUGCUGUCUGUUGAUAAAAGGAUUCGUCCAAGGUACAAUGUGUUAAAGAUUUUGGAGUCGAAGAAGCUGGUUAUUGGGAAGAAGAAUAUGAAGCAGUUGCUAACAAUGAGGGAGAACAAUUUCUUCCAGAACUAUGUCAUUAAGUAUGCAGACAAGGUCCCAGGUUUAUUGGAGGCAUAUGAGGUUCCAAAGCAAUAAAGAUAGAUUCUUGAUGGCAAAAGAUAGGGGCACAUAUUCCUGUUACAGGCUGGUGUUUUCCCAAUCCACACUGAAUAGGCAGAUGAUACUCAAGUAACAAGUCCUUGAUUCAUUGAUUUGUGUAUGGAGAAAAUAAAGGUAAAGGAAAAACAAAAACAAAUGUGGAUGUGAUGGUUAGUUGUUUGGCCUUGGUUCAUGAGCAGAAUUUGGUUCUGAGACGACAGAAUGUGCUAUGUCAUUUAGGGGAUCAUCUGCUUGCCAUGCGUAUGUGCUACAGUAUCAUAUAUGGAACAGAUGCACAUACAGGUUUCCAGUCAAGCACUUGUUGAUUAAGUACAUUAUUUUGUUCUGGAAUUCUUUUGGACACGCAAACAACUAUUCCCUGUUUAUAAAGUAGGGCUCUUUUCUCGGAUUAAGAGCAGGUUUAGCAUCAUGAAUACAGGUUAUUGGAUCAUUAUAAGCUAUAUUUAACAGUUUGGAAAAAUAUGAUAGCACAAGGCUUGUCAAAGUUAUUCGAGGAUUAUUAACUCGGGCUUCCGGACUUGGCUAUGCAAAUUUAACAACUGCAGCUCUAGCUGGCUGUUUUAGUAGCAGGUGAUUUUGCUGGAGAUGUUGAUUUUGAGUGUGUAUCAUCAAAGGGCAAAUCAGCUUCCUCGCUCUCAAGGUAAUCAUCUUGCCAACAAUGAGGAUAUUGGGCCAUGGAAGUGAAGAGGGUGGCUCUAGGCACCCGCCAUGCUGGUAUCUUACAUUUGAUAUCUUCAUAGACCCCAUUAUUGUAGAUCCAUAAACAAAGGCAAAUCAUUUUACCUCUUCUUCCUCUCAUAAACAAAGGCAAAUCAUUUUACCUC